GACAAUAGCCGCCAUUGUGAUUCAGCCAGUGAGGUUGAAGGGAUGGUAUGAUGGUCACAGAAUAUGUUGGAAUACAGAGUUGACUUUUAGUGAAUUAUAUAUUACAAUAUAGUGUAGCAUUUCAAUAACCUCAUGUUAAUGGAUAUAAAGAAAACAUUAAAAAUCUGAGUACAUUUCAACAUCUAAUGGACAUAUUUAAUUUGCAGGGCCUCAUAUGACCAUUAAGAUAAUAUGAGGUGAAGUUUAUUUUAAAACGGUUGAUAAGUGUGUGAAAAUUCCAAAUACUUUUAAAGAAGAAGCAAGUACUGAUAUUUUACUUCGUCUUCCUGUGUUAUUUGAAGUGUUGUAUAAACUCUUAUUUUUCACAGGCUUCAUCUUUUGGUGAUCAUAUAGAUAUGAAAAUCUAAUGAUAAAAUCAAUCAAUAUAAAUUGUGUCAAGUUCAAUAGAUUUACUUGUAGAUAGUCAUUACCAGCUUGGAGAUUUCUUUAAUUUUUAAAUGUUACGAACAUCAGUAUACAGGAAGUAUAAAAUAUUAAGUGAUAUAAAAAUGAAUAAAGGAAAAGGAGGAAUAAGAUGGAUAUACCAUACACCUUUAUAUUUAUGAUAAUGUGACUUUUGUACUUCUGAUAGUGAUUAAUAGCUUGUGGAAUAUUGACUGUUAAUGUUUAACAAUUGUACUUCCUCCUAUGUACCGCUCAAACUUUUCCAUUUUGAACUGACGUAAUGCCAAAGAAAAAUCAACAGUGAUUGUACUUUACAAUGAAUUAAAUGUCUUCAUAAUUUGUAUAAUACCCGGUACUUUGUGUCCAUAAUAAAACCAGGUUUGGAUUUUUUACCAUUUCUGCAUGGAACUUUGUAUCGCUUAUCAUGAGACAGAUAGAAGUUUUAUCUCUGGCAAAUAUCUUCAGUAUAGUGAUGUGUUUCAAUGAUACCAGUUGAAAUACUGAAUAAGCAUCUAUAAAUAAGAGAAGAGACAGUUUGAUAUAAGUAUAGAACAUGUACACACCUGUCAACAAGGAAGGUUUUGUGAACAAAAGUCCAGUACCUAGCUAUAAACCUGUUCCAAAGAAAAGAUACCUCAAGCCAAAAACAGAUAAUGCUGGUUUAGAGAGUUCGGUAGAACCAACUCCGGUUGCCCCACCUAGACCAAAUAGAAGAGAGGCACCAUCACUACCUAGAGAAGCAGCACCACUUCCAACAAGUAACAGACAACCAAAACAUCGUCAGCUACCAGCACAACCAGAACCUGAAGAGGAAGAAUUUUAUGAAGAACCCGAGGAAACUGCCCCUGCAGUUAGGGGUAGACCUCCAGUGCCUGAUGUCCGGGGCCGGCCCCCAGCACCUGAUGUUAGGGGUAGACCCCCAGUUCCUGUGCCCGAUCUGGAUGGACCUGAUGAGGAUUAUGAAGAUCCAGAUGCAAACAUUAAGGUAUCAAAUUUCCAUGGUGGCCCCUUACCUAAACCACCAACACAUGCCAAUAAACCAAUACCAAUAGCUCAGAGAAAACCUCCACCUUUACCAGAGUCACCGAGAAAUCCACUGGAUACUGAAUCUGAACCGGAGGAAGAGUAUGAGGACCCAGAUAGCACAGUUGCGGCCAAAGGACCACCUCUACCGACUGGUCCAAGAAGACCCCCACCCCCACCUGCAGAACCAGAGGAAGAGUAUGAGGAACCUGAUGUCACAGUUGCUAAGAAAACUGCACCGAAAUCAGUGGGCCAGAGGAAACCCCCUCCUCCCCCAGUGUCAUCAGUACCAACAUCUCGUUCUGUUAGAAACCGACCUCCUGUACAGGAAGAAGAGUACGAGGAUCCUGAUGAAAACAUGGCCGCUAACCACAAUAAACCACAACCUCCUCCUUUGUCAAAGAUACCUAGAAAACCCUCAGCAACUGCAAGUGAAUUACCAGCGUAUGAGAUGCCCGAGGGGGAAACUGCGCCACCUCCUGUUCCCCGUAAUGUUCCACGAAAGAAACCUCAUGAACCAAAACUACAACAAGAAGAAACUUACGAGAUUCCAGAUGAAACUGAUUCUGCCCCAUCAAGACCUGUCCCCAAAAAAUACCAAAAACCAGUACAGGAAGAAGAGACGUAUGAGGUCCCGGACUCGGACGAUUCAGAGGAGCAAGAUGAUUAUCUAGAUAUGGACCCUGAUAAUGCUGGACCUCCAAGUCAACAAGCACCGGAUUAUUUAGAUAUUACAGAUGAAAAUUUUGGUUUGCCAAAGAAACAAAGCUUGGUAUCAAGUGGACCUCGAGGAAGACUAGAUGUGGGGCCUAAAAGGGCCGCAAUGCCCCUUCCUAAUGAAUCGAAAUCCCAUACAACAAAAACAGCUGCUGAUAGAAAGGCUCCUGUGGAACCUCGAGAUGAGGGAGACAUUAAAGUUCCACAAAAGAAGAAAGUGGGUGUUCAAGUUCUGCCAGACAUGAAACUAUCAAAUGGUACAAAAGAAAACACUCCAACACAUCCAGCAAGACCAGGACGAACUUUACCCCCACCUCCUGCAGUUACACCAGAGAGAAAGGAUCCAGAAAAGAAGGAACAAGUCAAGCCAGUUGCUCAAAGUACACCACACAAGGCAGAACUUACCGAGUCUGACCUCCUUCGACAGAAAUGGUACCAUGGAAACAUCAAAAGAGUUGAUGCAGAAGUUAAAUUAAAACAGCUCAGUAUUGAUGGAAUGUACCUGAUACGUAAAAGUUCUCAGGGUAGUGAUCAGCCUUACACUUUACAAAUUUUCUACCGAGGAAAAGUUUAUAACCUUCCAAUAAGACGAAGAUCUGACAACUUGUUUGCUGUUGGCAAGGAGGGAAAAGAUAAUGAGAAGGCAUGUCCCUCACUACUAGACUUGGUGAACACAUUUAAACAGAACAUUCUAGUGUUGUCAGGAGGUGCAGAGACAAAACUUGUAAAAUCUUUACCAAAAUCGUAGUGCUGCAUCAUUUAUUACUUAUUUUCAUUCUGUUUUAUGGUAAUACCUGUAUGGUCAGUAUUAUAGUUACUAACAACAUGUCACGUGGCCAUAGGUUUGAUAUUAGAUGUGCAGCUUCAUGCCAGAUAGGGGAUACGAAGCAGGGGCACUAGGAGUGUCUUCCAUGAACCUUUAAAACCUUCAACAUAUAACAGUGCAGUCUUAGUGUAUUUCAUUUUAAGAUAUAUCAUCUAGUUUGGAAUACUUGUUAUAACUCCUGCUAUACGAAGCAUAUGUCCUACUCACCAUUGCCUCCAAAUUCAGAUUCCUGGUUAAUUUUUUUAUGCACUUUAGUAGCUGCUAUAUCUCUGCUAUUAGUGGAUUUGAUUAAAACUUGAAAUAAUUGUUCCUCAACAUCACACACAUAUUACUAUAUAUUUUACUCAGAAUUCCAGGUAAGUUUUCUUUCUAUUUCUGUUACUACUGCAUGGAUUUGAUUCAAACUUGAAACAGUUGUUCCCCACCAUCACCCAUAUCAUUUAAUACAAGGUCCAUAACUGGCAUCAAUAUUUUAUUUCUUAUUCCAGCAUUAAGUUUUUAUCUGCUUUCCCUUUAUCAGUGUUAGUACUGCUAAACAGAUUUGUUUAAAACAGUUAUUGUACAUCAUUGCAUGCUUAUAUGAUACGAGAUCCAGAGCCCCUGCAUCAUUAUAUCUUGACUAAUGGACCUUUUCGCUUAAAAUUUCAGGGGAAAGUAACAUUACUUAAUGAAUUUGAUUCCAAUUUAAAACUACAAACAUUACUCACACCAGUAAAAGCUCAAGUUUGUUACUUAACUAUUAAAUAUUGGAAUAGUCAGUUGUGCUGUCUCCUCUGACAGCCCCUGUAUUUCUAUUGGACAAACUAUUUAUUACACAGUUUGUGCAUAUUCAGGGUAAUGUCUGUGUUAAAAAUUGUAUGUGGACCAAAACGCACUCAGAGAAAAAUUUAUUUCUCAUUUUUCCGUUUAUAUUAUGAUUAACUUUGAACUGUUAUGUCUAGAUAUUGUUGGGUACUGUUUAAGAGUGAUUCAUUAUUUUUAGCUCACCUGUCACAUAUUGACAGGGUGAGCUUUUGUGAUCGUUUGUCGUCCAUCCAUCGUCCGUCCAUUCACAAUUUCCUUGUGAACAUGAUAGAGACCACAUUUUGUAUUUGAUUUUAAUCAGACUUGCACACAACUUGUAUGGGCAUAAUAUCUCGGUUCCUUUCGAAAACUGGCCAGAUCCGAUUAUAGGUUCCAGAGUUAUGGCCCCUUAAAGGGCCAAAAUUUCCCAUUUUUGGCUUGUGAACACGAUAGAGACCACAUUUUGCAAUCAACUUUAAUCAAACUUGCACACAACUUGUAUUGGCAUAAUAUCUCGGUUCCUUUAGAAAACUGGCCAGAUCCCAUCAUGGGUUGCAGAGUUAUGGCCCAAAAUUUGUCAUUUUUGGCUUGUGAACAUGAUAGAAACCACAUUUAGCAAUCAACUUUAAUAAAACUUGCACACAACUUAUAUUGGCAUAAUAUCUCAAUUCCUUUAGAAAACUGUUCAGAUCCCAUCAUGGGUUGCACAGUUAUGGCCCCUUAAAGGGCCAAAAUGUGCUGCUUUUGGCUUGUGAACACAAUAGAGACAACAUUUUGCAAACAACAAAGACUUGCACAGAAUGAUUAUCUUGAUGAUCUCUAGGUCUGGAUCGAAACUAGGUCAUGUCGUGUCAAAAAGUAGGUCAUCAGGUCAAUUCAAAGGAAAAGCUUGUAAACAACCUAAAGGCACCAUUUAUGACACUAUCUUCAUGAAACUUGGUCAGAAUGUUUAUCUUGAUGGUUCCUAGGCCAAGUUUGAAACUGGGUCAUAUGAGGUCAGAAACUAGGUCACCCAGUCAAAUCAAAGGAAAAGCAUGUUAACACUGACUGUCCAUUUGAUGUGCAUGAUGCGGUUGGUCAGAAUGUGUUUGUCUGCAUGAAAUAUCGUAUGAAUUUUUAUCUGGGUCAUGUGGGGUCAAAAACAAGGCCACCAGGUCAAAUAAAAGAAUAAGCUUGUUUACACCCUAGGGGGGCACAUUUUUGAUUCUGUCUUCAUAAAUUUUGGUCAGAAUGUUUGUUAUCAUGAAGUCUUGGACAAGUUCAUAUCUGGAUCAUUUGUGGUAAAAUAACUAGGUCACAAGCUGAAAUCAAAGAAAAUGCUUUUUUACACUCAAGAUGCCACGUUUUUUUGUCCAAUCUUACUGAAAAUUGGUCAGAAUAGUUGUCUCCAUGUAAUCAUUAGGUAAAACAUGUUUACACUGUUAUGGUGUGUUACAUAGGUGAGCGACCUAGGGCCAUCUUGGCCCUCUUGUUAUAUGAUAAAGGUGGAUGGUCUGGUGUCCAUCAAAAAUAUAUAUUUAAAAUAUUGCUGCUCACGAACCACCUGAUGAAACUUCAUCAAACUUGGUAUGAAGUGUCAUUUUAAGGUCCUCUCCUGAAGGAUUGCAGCAACACAGUUGCAGAAUUGUUGUUAGUGGCCGAAAGGAUUGCAGCAACAUUAUUGCAAAAUUGUUGUUAGUGACUUAAAGGAUUGCAGCAACACUUUUGCGAUAUUGUUGUUAGUGACUGAAAGGAUUGCACCAACACUGUUGCAGAAUUGUUGUUAACAGCCAAAAGAAUUAGAGCAAUGCCAUUUGCAGUAUUGUUGUUAGUGGCUGAAAGGCUGAAAGUAUUAUAGCAGUACUAUUGCUAAUGUGGUGUUCUAGAUUGCCAUAUGUUCACAAUAGUUCUUUGCUGCUCCAGUGGCUAUUUCACAACAUUUUUUGAAGAUAUGUGUUUGUUUCAGUGCAAGAUGGAAAGUAUUUCAACACACAAACACUUGAUAAGUGAAUAUGUAAAUUCUGAUGUUCAUGAAUUUACUAAUAUUUACUAAUUUUCUUUUUAUUUAAUAUCUUAUUGAUGGUUUUGAUCAGAUUAUACACAUUUUAUCUACAUUGCAUCUUGCAGUGCCAUGGUGUCACAAUGUUUCAUCUUAGAAAGUAAGAUAGUUAUAUAAAUUCAAUAUAUACACUUUAACAUUUUUAGCUCGACUAUUCAAAGAAUAGUCUAGCUAUUCUCUCACCCUGGCGUCGGCGUCGGUGUCACACCUUGGUUGAAGUUUUGCAUGCAAGUACAUACAGCUAUUAUUUAAAAGCAUAAUAUAUAUAUAGUUUUGAAGCUUAUUUUUUCUUUUUCUAGGUCAAUUACCAACCUCACUGGGUCAAGUUCCAUAACUCUGACAUGUAUUUUGAGCAAAUUACGUCCCCUUUUGGACUUAGAAAAUCCUGGUUAAAGUUUUACAUGCAAGUUACUAUCUCCAAAACUAAUGCAGAUAUUGAAUUGAAACUUCACAUGUGUCUCCAUGGUCCUAAAACUAAUUGAUAGCAUCAAGUCCCAUAACUCUGACCUGCAUUUUGGUCAGAUUAUGCCCCCUUUUGGACUUAGAAAAUCCUGGUUAAAGUUUUGUUUGCAAGUACAUACAGCUAUUGCUAAAAGGCAUAUAGCUUUGAAACUUAUUUUUUCUUUUUCUAGAUCAAUAACUAACCUCACUGGGUCAAGUACCAUAACUCUGAAAUGUAUUUUGGGCAAAUUAUGCCCCUUUUUGGACUUAGAAAAUCUUUGUAAAAGUUUACAUGCAAGUUACUGUCUCCAAAAAUAAUGCAGAUAUUGAAUUGAAACUUCACAUGUGUCUUAGGGGUUAUUAAACUAGUUGAUAGCCGCAAGUCCCAUAACUCUGACCUGCAUUUUUGGCCAAAUUAUGCCCCCUUUUGGAUCUAGAAAAUCCUGGUUAAAGUGUUGCAAGCAAGUACAUACAGCUAUACUUAUAGGCAUAUAUAUUUGAAACUUAUUUUUUUAUUUUUAUAGAUCAAUUACCAACCUCACUGGGUCAAGUCCCAUAACUCUGCCAUGUAUUUUGGGCAAAUUAUGCCCCCUUUUAGACUUAGAAAAUUCUGGUUAAAGUUUUGCGUGCAAGUUACUAUCUACAGGACAAAUGCAGAUAUUAAAUUGAAACUUCACUUGUGUCUUCAGGGUAAUAAAACUAGUUGAUAGCAUCAAGUCCCAUAACUCAGACCUGCAUUUUGGCCAAAUUAUGCCCUCUUUUGGACUUAGAAAAUCCUGGUUAAAGUUUUGCGUGCAUGUACAUACAGCUAUUACUAAAAGGCAUAUAGAUUUGAAACUUAUUUUUUCUUUUUCUAGAUCAAUUACCAACCUCACUGGGUCAUGUCUGAAAUGUAUUUUGGGCAAAACUAAUGCAGAUACUGGAUUGAAACUCCAUAGAUAUUUUACAUUCAGGGUAAUAUUUUCCUGCUUCUGGGAAAAUAAUUCUAAUAGUCGAGCAUUGGCUGUCUUAUGGACAGCUGUUGUAAAAUCAAUAGUCUUAUAUUUUUAUGUCAUUGUAAGAAGUUGUUUACAUCUAAAUUUUUACCAAAAUAUAUUUUUUGAUAUGAAAAAUUAUGCUGAUCAUUUGUGUCAGGCCACGAAAAGCGAUUUUCUCUAAAGCUCAUUUACCGCAUUUGGGCCAAAAGUCUCGUGGCCUGACACAUUUAUUUUUCACAUUUUUCCUGUAUUAAAUGUAUUAGUUUCCUACCAGUGAAAUCAUAUUUCAUACUCAAACAGUGAAAUGUUAUUUCAUACUCCCAUUGUUGUUGACACAGUGAAAUUAUAUUUGAUAAUCUCAGUAUUUGAAACAGUGAAAUUAUCAGGAUGAUAAACGACUGAAAAAUGUGUUUGUUUCAGUGAAAUAUCAAAAUAUAUUUCCACAAGUGAACACCAGAUGCAAUGUUUUCACAACACUUAGCCAUGAGUGAAAACGUUACAUCUUGUUUCACGAGUUAAAUGUAUUCAAUCUCACAUAUAAAACAAACAAUUUUUCUUUGUAUUAGUUUAAACCAAAUUUUGUAUAUUUGAUAUUUUCAACUGAUGAAAAAUAUUUUUGACUUUUUUCUAUUUCACUUAAAGUGAAAUUAAAUGUUAAAGAAAUGGAAAAAGUGGACUAUGCUGACAAGUGGUCUAGCUUAGUUUUAUGGUAGUUAUGCAUGUUCUGAUCUUUUUUUUUCCAUGGUGAAGAAUUUGAUUAAACCACAAUUUUCAAAAUAUCAAGAUGUACUAAGAAAAAUUGGCCAAAAAUGGAUAAGGUCGUGAGCUUGAAUUUUUGCUAGACCGAAGCAGCUUGAUUUUUUUGCUAGACCGAAGUGGCUUGAUUUUUUUGCUAGACCGAAGCGGCUAGAAUAUUUGCCUCCAUCAAGCUUUCGUAAUUGGUGUCUAGAGAUAAUCUCAUUUUUGAUGAACUUUUUGCAUACAGAAAAAAUUCCAUUAUGACAGAAGCCUUCAAGGAUUUAUCAAUAAACAAAGGUUGCAAUUUAUUCAUGGACUGUAUGUAUGUAUGGCAGAUCCAGGCUUUAUUCUAUGUUUACUGAUAAAUGAUAUUAUGCAAUUGCUUCCUCUUUUCAGAUAUGCAGAUACCUUAAGUGUCUUUAUUGACAGGUUGUAAAAGACUGUAAAGGUUAAGAUUCGAAAUUAGGUAGUUUUUCACAUUUGAUAAACCAGAAGUAAUGGCAUAUAACAUCAUUUAUCCUGAUAACAUAAAAAAUGCCUGGACUCAGCAUAUUGAAACAAAAAUCAUUUUAUAUAUAGCAUCCCGCCAGUAAAAGUAUCAAAAUGGCAAAGUUACUGCCAUUCUCAAUAUGACAUAUGAUAUAAAAAAGUUUGACAUGUUGAAUAACUCAAAGUAAUGUCUUAAAGUGGAAGUGUGAAGAUCAUGGGCAAAUAUCUCAAAAACAAGCACAUGGACAUAUAUUUUUUAUUUCAUAAUGUUAUACACUAUUAUGUAAAUUUGUCAGUGUGAGAAGUUACAUCUAAAUCAGCAUUUUAAAUUUUUAUCUAUCAAAAUUGUGAUUUUCCCAUAGACUCUCAUUAUGAAAACUUGUCAAGCAAAACAAUCAAGCACACAGCCUUUUUUAUUUGCCGAAUUUUCUAAACAUAUAAGGAUUUAAUUAUUGAGACUUUAGGGUUACAAUUUUGUAACUGUUCCGGCUCAAUAAAUCUAUGUCUUAUUGUUGUAAAUGAUCAUUAUCACUGCAUUGGUAAUAUAUGUCAAUAUUUGUCAGAGAUAUCAACAAAAAAGUAUGUAGUUAGAAAUGAUGUUAAGGUUGCAGUGAGGUUUUUUUCCAUGUUGAUUGCAUGUUUCAUUCCCCUUCAUAUUUGCAUAAAAUGCAAAACAUGUCUGCUAUGCUUCCACAUUCAUUUAUAAUUUUCUGUGAAAGUUGUUGAUAAUAUUUUUGGAAUUUUUACUAAAUAAAACUUGUUAUUUAAUGUA